AUGGCCGUGUGCGUACAUAUAUGUUUACUCUCCUUGCUAUCCCUUGUCAGAGCAACAAGACUCGUCAAGCACGACGUGAACUUCGUCCCGGACAUUGUCCUUCGCGUGACCCUCGCUACCAUCACCCUCAACUGCCAGGAACGUUUGUCGACUCUCGUCAAUGGAACAUACCCAGGGCCGCCAAUAUACCUGGAACCCGAGCAAACAACGUGGAUCCGAGUCUACAACGACGCAGACGUCAAUACUACAAUGCACUGGCACGGGUUGAGCCUGAACCUCUUCCCGUUCUCUGACGGAGCUCCGAUGGCCUCGCAGUGGCCCAUACCACCAGGCCACUUCUUCGACUACGAACUCAACGUGCCCGCCAGUCAAGCCGGUACUUCCUUCUACCAUUCACACGUCGGCUUCCAAGCGAUGACGGCCUCUGGAGCCCUCAUUAUCAAUGAUGUUUCAGGCGUGCCUUACUCGUACGACGACGAGUUCAUUAUGGAGCUAGGGGACUUCUACGCAGAGGAAGAUGAGACCAUUGAAGCUCAAUUAAGCGGAAGUCCCUACAUAUGGACCGGAGACCCUCUCGCACUCCAGAUCAAUGGCCAAAGUGGGAACGCCCCAAGUGCCAAAAAUCCCAACCCCUCAGGCACGUCGUGUCAACCAUACGCAUUCAAUGUCGCUCCCGAUACAACAUACCGAGUACGGGUUAUCAGCGGCACUGCCAUAUCUUUUGUCACAUUUGGAAUCGAGGGCUAUGACAAUCUGACAAUCAUUGAAACCGACAACGCCUACGUGUAUCCUGUCGAGACCGACCAUAUUCAGAUCGACUCUGGACAACGGUUCAGUUUCAUCUUCAGGACCAAAACCACUGCAGAACUAGGAGGGCAGACAUCGUCAUGGAUCCAGUACGAGACUCGUGGUGGAUCUGGCACCAUUACUGCCUGGGCGAAACUGGUCUACGCCUCAGACUCGACCACAGCCAAGACCACUGUUACUAGACAAGACCAUUCUGGAGACCAUUCUCCUGACUCUGAUCCUCAGACUUUUCCAAGCACCGGCGACUCAGGGUCAGGGUUAGAGCCAUACUCACCCGUCCCUUCAUUGCCGCCGUCAUCACCAUCCACCGACCAGAACCCCGAUUUUGUUCCCUCCAACCCGAUCGUCUCUCUCCCACAAGACAUCUCCUCGUGGCUCGAAUACACCUUCCAAAGCCUCCCAAGCCACGGGACAGCACCACCCUCCUCAUCCGUGACUCGCCGGGUCAUCAUCACCACGCAACAAAUCGUUAAUCAAUCCCAGUCGGCGACAUUCCCAUUCGAUCAUGACCCAUGGUUCGACGGCCCGCCGCACACACCGACCACACGAACGCCUUACCUCGUCGAGAUCCUGCGACGCGGUACGGUGAACGGCGCGCUUCCCAGCAUCUCGCGUGCGCUGGGCAACGGCGAAACACCGGGCUUCGACUCCGUGACACACACCUACCCCGCGGCGAUAGGCGAGGUGAUCGAGAUUGUCUGGCAAAACAGCGGCUCCAUUCCAGGCGGCACGUUCGGCAUUCAUCCCUUGCACGCCCACGGCGGACCGUACUGGGAUAUGGGCAGUGGCUCGGGGCAGUACAGUCCGCAAGCGCAUGAAGCCCUGCUGGCUCAGCACGGCGGCUGGGGCGGAUCUCUCCGCGACACGACGAUGCUCUACACGUACGCCGACGCCGGAGGAGAAGACGAGGUUGUGAACGGCUGGCGGGUGUGGCGGAUUCGGGUCACCGAAAGUAAUGUCGGCGUGUGGAUGAUGCAUUGCCACAUCCUCCAGCACAUGAUCAUGGGGCAGCAGACGGUGUGGGUGUUUGGCACUCCCGACCAGAUCAGGGAGUAUUCAAACCCCGUCAACGGAAGUCUGGAAGGGUAUUUCACCUACGGAGGUGACGUCGUGGGCAAGGAAGGUGGUGACGUCGUGGUUGCGACCAAGUUUGCAUGA